AGAGCGAGAGCGAGAGAGAGAGGCUGUGUGUAUCGUGAAGAGGCUGUGUAUUUAGGAGAAUCCAGUCCUCAGGAAGAAGACCGCAAGCUUUUCUCCUCAUUGUACCUCAUCCUACCGGAGGCUUUUGUGUCUUAUUUUUUUUGGUCCUUCGCUCUUCCCAUCCUUCCCUUCUUCACCGCGGAAGGAGGAACAGCACAUUCAGCCGGUGGGGGAAGUUGACACUGUAGUGUGAGUGUUGAGCUGAGAGGCCCUGGUGGAUGCUGUGAAGAGCUCUGUAAGGACAAACACAAGCAAAGGAGAUUCAUGGGUAACCUCCUGAAAGUGCUGGCUUGCUCCGAUCUUGAGCAUGGCCCAAUCAUUUUCCUUGACUUUGAACAUGCCCAGCCUACGGAGGCAGAGACGGCGGUAUGGAACCAGGUCAGUGCUGUCCUGGAGGAGGCCCACGGCAUCCUGGCUGAACUACAGUCUUAUAACGGGGCGGGACAAGAGAUACGAGAGGCCAUCCAGAACCCAGGUGAUCUGCAGCUACAGGAGAAGGCCUGGAACGCAGUCUGCCCCCUGGUGGCCAAGCUCAAACGCUUCUACGAGUUCUCCCUCCGACUGGAGAAUGCCCUGCGUAGCCUGUUGGAGGCGCUGACGAGCCCUCCCUACGCUCCCAUGCAGCACCUGGAGAGAGAGCAGGCCCUGGCCAAACAGUUCGCAGAGAUACUCCACUUUACACUCAGCUUCGACGAACUAAAGAUGACAAACCCAGCCAUUCAGAAUGACUUCAGCUACUACAGGAGGACCAUCAGUAGAAACAGGCUGAACAACCAGCAGUUGGAGGCAGAGAACGAGGUGAACAACGAGAUGGCCAAUCGGAUGUCUCUGUUCUACGCCGAGGCCACACCCAUGCUGAAGACCCUGAGUAAUGCCACCACCAAGUUUGUGUCAGAGAAUAAGACCUUACCCAUUGAAGACACCACAGACUGCCUGAGCACCAUGGCCUGUGUGUGUCGCGUCAUGCUGGAGACACCUGAGUACCGUUGUAGGUUCACCAACACAGACACCGUGUUGUUCUGUAUGAGGGUGAUGGUGGGAGUGAUCAUCCUGUACGACCAUGUCCACCCUGUAGGAGCCUUCGCCAAGACAUCCAAAAUAGACAUGAAGGGUUGCAUCAAGGUGCUGAAAGAGCAGCCUUCCAACAGCGUGGAGGGACUGCUGAACGCACUGAGGUAUACGACCCGACAUCUAAACGACGACACCACCUCCAAACAAAUCAGGGCUCUUCUUCAAUGAGAGAUGGAAGAGAGGCGAGAGUGAAGGAGAGAGCGAGAGAGAGAGAGAAAGAGAAGCAGAGAGAGAGAGAGAGAGAGAGAGAGCGAGAGAGAGAGAGAGAGAGAGAGAGAGAGAGAGAGAGAGAGAGAGAGAGAGAGAGAGAGAGAGAGAGAGAGAGAGAGAGAGAGAGAGAGAGAGAGAGAGAGAGAGAGAGAGAGAGAGAGAGAGAGAGAGAGAGAGAGUACACACGGAGGGAGGAGAAGAAACAACGAGGGAGAACAAACUGUGGUGGCUGAAUCCUGUUUGUUUAUGAAAAGCGAAAUGAUCAGGUCUGAUAAAAAAAUGAACUGAUGAAAAGAAGAAGUUUAUGUAUUGUUCAUCAUUCUGUCUCUCAUUUUGUAAAAAAAAGAAAA